AUGAUUCUAAGAAAAAUCAAGCCAUUAAGGCAAUAAAAGUAGAUAAAAGCUAAGAACAAGUAGAAGAAGAAAAAGGACAGAAGGCUAGAAAAAAGAAAAUCAAAUAGCAAAGAAAAAUAGCCGCAAUAAAUUGAGAACUCAACCAAAAAGAAAAAUAAAUCAGAAAGUGAUAGCAUAAAACCUAGUGUUAAUAUUGAUCUAUAAUCCUCGUAGUCUCUGGAGAGAAAUAAAAACAAAAAAUCUGAAGAUACCAAAAAUAAAACUCAAUAAAAAAUAGAGAGUACCCAGCAGGCGAAAAUUAAAAAAAUCAAAGAAAAGAAGCCUAUCAAUAAUCAAGAAAGUGAAUAAGUAAUUCCAAAUUAGAGAUAGAUAUCCAAUAAUACAUAAACAAUAAAUGAUUAAAAGCAUAAAUCAUCUUCUACUUCUUUGAUGAGGAUUGAAAAAACUCUAAGUCCUCUAAAAACUAGAUCAUAAUAAUUACAAACCUAAGUGGAGUCAUAUAAUGAAAAUUCAAAGCUCAAAAGUUAAAAUGAUUAACUUAAGUAAAACUAAUCUAUUAAACUCGAUAAAUAAGUCAUUAAAAAUAAGGCUCAAAACUAAAAAAUCACUUAAUAGGUUGAUUCUGUUCUAGAUUAAAAUUAACUAGAUAAUAAUAAUAAUACAUAGCCUUAAGUUACCACGCGCCAAACCAGAUUGCAAUCGAAUUAGCAUAAUUAAACAAAAGAAUGUUUAACAUAAAAAGGUAUAGAUAAAAAAAAAGAAGUAAAGAAUAAAGACUUGCCAAAUAAGACAAGCGAUAUCUCCAAAAAUUCUAAAAAUAUCAAAAAGGAAAAAUAGGAAAGCACUAAAGAAAUAAUCAAAAAUAAAGAGCCUAAAUCAAUUAAAGACAAUAAAAUUAAGGAAAAAAAGAAAACUUGUGGAAUUAAAAAUUAGAAUAAUUUAGAGCAGAAUAAUAAAGACUCAAUAGCAAAUGAAAGUCCAUUUUAAAGGGAGACUAGAGCAAGAAGGUAAUGGAAAGAAGAAUAAAUUAAGUAAAUUAAACAAGAAGAGUUUAAAUAGAUAAAACCUUAAGUAGAGCCUGCUAUUGAAUUAGAUCAUAUUUUAGGAAGAAAUUUGUAGCUAAGCAGUAUUUAGAUUGAUGAAUUAGAAGAGUCAAAAUAUAAUAAUAAUUUAUUAAAUUAUUAAGAAAAAAUGAUAUUUGAAGAAUAGGAACUAUCCUCUUUAAGUUAUCUACCUAAUUAAGAAGAGCAAAUUGAAUAGUAUGAGAUAUUGAUUGGAAGUUAACCUUCUUAAAAUUAACUUGAAUUAGAAUUAUAAUCCAUGAACUAAAUGAUUAAAUGUCAGAAAAUUUAGCCUAGCUUGGAUUCACACUAGCAUUCUGAAAAUUAAGAAAUGAAAGAUGAAGAGGUCCUUGUCUUAAACCAACAAAAAAUUGAGUUAAUUGAAUAACUUAAUUAAAGUUAAAAAGAUGAAGAUGAAAAAAUGGAAAUAUGUUUUUAGUACGAAGAUGAUAUCCCAGUUUCUGUACCCUUGGUAAUAUAAACUUAAAGGACUGAAAAUAAUAACAUGUUUACUAUCAGUGAUACAAGUCUUGACAAUAUCCCCAUCGAUAAUCAAGAAUAAAAUAAUGCUUCAAUAGAAAUUGGAGAUUAAGAAAUGAUUGAUCCGACUUUGCCAGAAAAUAUACAAUAAAUGAUUUAAAGGUAUUCUUCAAAUUAGGACUCAAGCAACAGCGAUAAUGACCAUAUAAGAAAAAUUGAAAUAUAUUAGCAAGAAAUUGAUGAUCAUGACUACUAAACACUUCAAGAAGGAAAGUAUCUAAAUGAUAAUAUCAUUAACUUUUUCAUGACUUUUCUCUACAAUACUAUCAUAGCUGCUGAACAAAGAGAAAAAAUUAAAAUCUUGACAACAUUUUAGUACCACCUCUGGAGUAGGAAAAUAGAUGAAGGCAAUAUCGAUGGAUUGCUUAAAAUGCUAAGUAAACUAAAAUUGACUGAGAAAAUACAGUAUUUGAUAAUUCCUAUCCAUAGACUAGAAGAGUAGCACUGGGCUUUGGCAGUUUUAUCAAACGUUAAUAAAGGCUUUCCUAGUGAAGAUGAUCACGAUCUUUUAAAUAUUCCUUGCAUAAUUUAUAUGGACUCUUUGAUGACAAUUAACAAAAAAAUACAGAAGAAUUUAGAUAAAGUACUCAGAUUAAUCUUAGAGUAGGGUAUGAAAAGAGAUUUAGAAAAAUCAAUUCAAAAUUCUCAAAUGAAUAAUGUUAAUGAAUAGCCUCAGGAGCUAUCAUAGUUAUAAGGAAGUGAGAAAAAAAUUUCUGAAAGGCUGAAAUACCUGAGUUUUAGAAUGAACAUUCCCUAAUAGUAAAAUGGAUAUGACUGCGGAAUGUACUUACUUGAGUAUGCAGAAAGAUUCAUGAUAAAUCCAGAGGGAAAUUUUCUUGAUAAUAGAAACGUAAUCCUUUAUUAAUAAAGAGACUGGCUAGAAUAAAAGGCUUAACACAUUAAUAGAUAAAUUGAAAAAGCAAUCUUGGAGCAUAGCUGGUUAUAAGAGAAAGAAAAAAUAGUAAAAUACAUAAACGAAAAAUGCAGUCAAACCUCACAAAGAUUGCAUGAACUUCUUCACAUUCUCUACAAUAAAAAUAUAUAGUUUGAGGAAGAAUACCCUGAUAUUUAUAAGGAUGUUGAAAAGAGAGUUCAAAGUUGUCCUUAAAACACCUAACUUUUUGAUAACAAGCUAAUGCUGACCAAAAGAUAAGACUUUAAAACUAUACUCCAUAAUCUUUAGAGAGCUAAUAUAAAUGAUGAGAAUGCUAUAUAGGAAAUUGCAACUUAGUACAUUAUUGCUCGAAAACUGGACUAAACUUCCUGGUUAAUGUAAAGCCUAGAAUGA